AACAAAAAAAAAGUAAGCAUCAGCAAAGCAAACAGCUUUAUUCCUCUAUUAAAAACGCAUCUCAUUCUCCAUUCUUCCUUCCCCUUCUCUCUUCUCUCCUCUCUCAUUCUCUUUCUCUCACUCAGCAACUAACAAUGAGCUUCUUUAUCGAAGAUUCUGGUCUCAUCGUCACUCAGCUUCUCUACAAAAUGGCGGUUUUAAUCACCGUCUUGAGAUGGAUUCUCGCCUGGAUCUUACGCUACCGAUCCAGAUCUAGAUCCGCCUCCUCUUCUACUACUUCUUCUUCUUCCUCUGCUCCUUCGAUCUCUUCACAGGCCAUCAAGGAGAGCCUCUCCGUGACGACGUUCCGUGACGCGGCGGAGCGAUCUCCUGAAUUGGUCAGCGACACGUGUGCGGUGUGUCUAGGGGAUCUAGAAGACGGAGAUGAGGUCAGAGAACUCAGGAACUGCAGCCACGUGUUCCACCGCGAGUGCAUCGACCGGUGGCUAGACUACGAGUGCUGCGGCGGAGAUGAUAACGACGGCGAGGAAGAUAAUCACCGCACGUGUCCACUCUGUAGAACUCCGCUUCUUGCUGCUAAUACGACGUCGUGUGGGGAUUGGCCCGCCAAAAACGAACCCAGCUGGGCCGUUGAACGGCUUCUCUACCUCUUUGGAGACGAUCUUCUCGUUUGAUUUUUCAUUUCUAGUUUUAAUUUUUUUUUUCUUUUCAAUUUUUAUUUGAUUUUAGCGGGGUCAAUAGAAAUUACGUUGGUCAAAUUUUUGUAAAUUGGGAAUUCAAAGAGUAGAAAAAGGAUAUAUAAUAAUAAUAUCAAUUUUUAAA